UUUGCGCCAUUUGAAACAGGAGUAAUGUGCGGCAGGGCUGAGGAGGAGGUCCUGAAAGUUGCAGGUAGACCUGAGAGCGCUCAGAUCAGGCGCGGAAGGAGGACGGGGAGGGGGGGCACGGUCCCAAUGAGCUUUAUCUGCCGCAGCAGGUCACGUCACGCGAGCCAUUUGGAGCCGAGGAGACCCAGAGCGCGCAGGAGCCGCAACCAUCAGAGGAGGAGGAUCAUCAGUCCGGGAGGCCAACAGCGAGGAGCUCCUCACGGAGAAGCAGAAGAGAGAGAAAGAGAGAGAGGAAAAAAAAAAAAAAAAAAAUCAACCCACAGAGACACGGAAGAGGAGCCGAGUGAAGGACGGACGGCUGCGCGCGCUCUGUUUUCAACUUUUUCACUCCGCGGAAUCCAAAGAAGAGGCUCGAGCUGCCGCACGGUGCCGGUGAAGAUGCCGCGGGUGGUCCCGGACCAGAGGAGCAAGUUCGAGAACGAGGAGUUUUUCCGCAAGUUGAGCAGAGAAUGUGAGAUUAAAUACACCGGCUUCAGGGACCGACCGCACGAGGAGAGACAGGCCCGCUUCCAGAACGCCUGCAGGGACGGACGGUCCGAGGUGGCCUUUGUAGCAACGGGCACCAACCUUUCUCUCCAGUUUUUCCCAGCCAACCUCCAUGGAGAUCAGAGGCAGGUUCCUACACGGGAAUAUGUCGACUUUGAAAGAGAGACGGGAAAGGUCUAUUUAAAGGCCCCCAUGAUCUUGAAUGGGGUGUGCGUGAUCUGGAAAGGCUGGAUCGACCUCCAGAGGCUGGAUGGGAUGGGAUUCCUGGAAUUCGACCAGGAACGAGCACAGCAUGAGGACGCUUUGGCUCAGGCGGCAUUUGAAGAGGCCCGACGCAGAACCAGAGACUUUGAAGACAGAGACCGAUCCCACAGAGAGGAUUUAGAGGACCCUGUGGUUUCUAAAAUCUGGGACUGAUGACACACAGACAGACAGACAGCCAGCAGAACAGAACAGGUCCAGACGACAGCAGGACCCCAGCCCUGGCUCAAACAUGGCCAACGCUGACGUGGAACACAAGAUGCGCUGAUGAUGAGGAGGAGGAAGGCUGGCCGUCUGUUUACUUUCAACACAAUCAGCUGAAAAAAAAUGCAGUUUUAGACAUUUUCUUUCUCUUUAUUUCCCAGAUUUGAUACGAUCUCCUUCAAAUGCCAAACUUUUCUUUUGUUUUUUCUUACAUGAAGGUAAAAGUGACUUCCUGAUCUGGUUGGACUGAAAGUCAAUAAACAGAAAAAAGGAGCUGGAAAAAAGAUAAAUGUAGAGGAAGAGUUUCAGAAAGUUUGGAAAUUUUUUAUUUAGUACGGUUUCAAGUACCAACAAGAUGUUUUCUAUCUGUAGAUGAUGAAGAGUUGAUGUGUGAAGUAAUGAGGAAGAGGAGGAGCGGGUGUGUGGCUCAGGGUCAGGGCUUCCAGCACAGCAAACACCAGAGUGAAGUGUUGACAGAACGUGAGGGGAAACGAAGAAUUCUGCAGAAUUACAACACUUCAGUCUGGUGAACGUGCCGGCGUGAACCCCACCAUACCUGAAACCUGCUGUUUUCUGAGACCAAAGUUCACUUUGCUGGAGGGGGCGAAUUUAAAAGAUGAGAGUUUUCCACAAACUGGGGGGGUAGAAACAGUUUGCUGUUUCUGGAAAUUUCCCAGCUCCAGAAACAGCAACCUGAAGGCUUUAACCAGGAAAAAGAUGAGAUUCAGAUGUCCUUCUUUUGAGGGGUUUUGCACUGUGUGACACAAUCAGUCCUGGUCCUACAGGGACUCCCUUUAAAUGCAUUAAAGGAAAUCUCCAUUCACUCGUUGUUGCUCCCAGUGCAGCCACUUUAUCUGUACUACCCUCUGAUGAGGAAUAACUGGGUGAUUCAAGGCCAGGUCAUUAGGGACUCUCACCAGACCACAUGUGGUUUUUUCUAUAAGGGUUCAGAGCUUGUGUCAGCUGAUGACAGAGAGCGCGAUCUCAGCAGACUUUUUGAUUCCAGUCCCGGUCCAUUUGCUGGGAACAUUGCUUUGUUUGGAGAAUCGGGACUGCACAACAAAUGGAUCAAAGAAGUGGACUCGGUCCACCUACAACCCCCACUCUCGGUCCGCUUUAAGUGGACCAAAUACCGGAAGAGGAUUACAAAGCCAAGUGCAUUGUGGGUAAAGCGCAUGUGGGAAGAUAAGCAGGAGAAAUGUCUCUUGGUUCUGAUCAACCCAAGACUGCUAGGACCUGAUGCAGCUCCAUGUUUUACUAUGAUGGAAACACAAGUUGUUCUAGAUCAGAAAUCCCCAACCCUCAUCCUCAUGGCCUUCUAUCCUGCAGGUCUUAGAUGUUUCCCUGCUGCAACACACCUGAUUCAAAUGAAACGGCUCUCUGACAAGCUCUGCACAAGUCUGCUAAUGAGCCUUUAAUUUGAAUCAGGUGUGUUGCAGCAGGGAGACAUCUAAGACCUGCAGGAUAGUGGACCUUGAUGACCAGGGUUGGGAACCACUGUUCUAGAUGAACCAGUUUUCUUCUUUGUUGGUUGUCUCGUCUUCUACUUCAGUCAGUGUUGAUGCAGCGCCGCUUCUGGCGAGGAGUGGAAUACGUUAUUUUAAUGCAUUAACUGAUGCAUCGUGAAACUGGAGGGAAGUUCACUUAAAAACACAGAUAAAGCGUACAACAGUGUUCUUACACUGCAGUUUUUGUUCAUUUUUUUUGCAAGGGAGGUGGCUUAAACUGGUAUUGUAGCAUAUAGCUAUUAGCAUCUAGCGCCUUCUCCCACACUGAGACUAAACAUGCAAUCUUUGAAAUGAUUAUUACUAAAUUAGAUAUUGAUGUAACCCACCUAUUAAAAGGAAUAAAAACAGUAGGUAUGCUGUUUUGAUGAAGUACUCUACAGCGAUAAAUAAGGCUGUAAGUAUGGACAUCUUGUAUGCUAUUCUGACAGGGUGUACCAAACCAUCACAACACCAGUCUAAUGUCGACUGAUGGAGUCUUCCCAGAAAUGAGAGAACUUGCUAAAGAUGAGGAAGAGUUUUCUCCAUUUUCCUCUAGUCCUUCACAGCUGCUGUUUCCUGUUACCGCUACUUCUUCUGCUGAACUACAAUAACAGCGCAGACUGUACUUGCCCCCCUGUGACAACUCGAUUUUAUUGCCUUCAAACCAGUUCAGGGAAACUAGUCGGAUUCAUGUUUCAUUUCAUAAAAAGUCUCAGAAGGUGAAUGGAUGUCGUUACUACGAAGCCGGCGGGUCGAUGCCAAGAGACGUAAACAUCCAGCGUCCCAGUCGUCUUCCAUCCCGAUCCUGCCAGCCGGAACAUGUCAAAUCUUUCAUCCUCUCUGAACUAAAAAACAAAGUCUUCAAAAUGUCGUCACCAAGCUGGAAGCUGGCCUUCUUUCUGAGCCUAGUUUUCAGUUCUACCAGUACAAGGAUGAGCAACUUCCAGACCGAAAGAAUUUAACACUAGCAAACAUCAGCGAGAGAACUGCUCAUGUCCAGUUUGAUUUCACAAUCCACCAGUUGGCCUGUGAAUUGCCUAGAUGUUCCUCAUCAGCCACAUGCAGCCCAAUCCUCCCAGUUACACCCACAUGCACCCAGUUCUUCCAGUUACACCCAGAUGCAGCUCAGUCCUCUCAGCUGCAGCACUGGUUUGGUCAAAGGUGUGCGAGUCAUGAUGUUUACCUUUAUAAUUUUUUCUCCUGCUGGCGUUUUCAUGUUUUUCCUUCUGGUUUUAAAGCAGCAGCUCAUUUUCUGUAAAAAUGUCUCCAGAAAUGUUCUUUUCUUUGUGAGCUCUUUUAUGGUUGAUGUUUUUUAUGUUUAGUGAAAUUCAUGUGACUGUGGAGCGUCUACAGCCCUGUUCUUAGGUGACGUAAAUGGUUUUUUAUGUAUUUUGCAACUAGAAGCUUUUUCAUUUUCCACUUUUAGAUUUAGUGAACUGCACGGUUUUAUCUGAGUUAUCGCAGACAAGACAAAUAUUUACUUUUUUUUCUUCUCAGUGUGAUUUAUUAAAAACUGUGCUGGUCUCUACAUUAAACAUCAGUCUCGUCAUUUGUCCUGUGAUCAAUGAUUUAUUGUUUGUGACAUUUUUUACAUGAAGCUCUGGAGGAAAAUAAAAUGUAUGAAAACUCAA